GCCCGUUCUUGCUGAAGCACCGGUAUUAGCUGGUUCAUGGGCCAAAAAAAAAAAAACCAGAAACAAGUCGGGUAGGUAGUUCUUGUAUCGCGAGCACUUCUACGCCGGGUUAGAUCCCAAUGUGGAAGAAUUUGACUUAUCUUCAAUCUCACGCCGACCAUUGCCGAGACUUUCUACGUCAGAGCGUCAUGUGUUAUUUGGACUUCACUACAUACAUCUUGUGCCGGGGCGAGCGAGUGAAAGACGGGCCAACACGCCGUGAACCAGGCAUACAGAAGCGUUGGGCCCGUGAACUUGAUAUUACCUAUCAGCCGUGCCUCUAGGGAGAGGGCGCACUGAGAUCGCAAAGAGCGGGAUAAGCGAGGAAACAUGUUGAGC